CCGGCUGUCCAGUCCCGCGGCAGCCGCUCGCACCGGAGCCGCGGCCUGGCUUUGCUUCGCCACUCCCGGUGCCUUCCCCCUGCGCCGGCCGCCAGGGGGUUCGCGCUUCCCGCCGGCUCCCGCUGCUCCGCGAUGCCGUCCAACAAAUCCGUCUCGGACGCGCCCAUCGUGCAGUUCACCAACUGCCGCAUCCUGAGGGAGCACCGGCUCCAGAGGGAGGACCUGUGGGUGCGAGAGGGGAAGAUCCUCAACCCAGAGAAACUCUUCUUUGACGAAAAGGGCUCUGCUGAUGUCCAGCUGGACUGCAAGGACAGCAUCAUCGCCCCCGGUUUCAUCGAUGUCCAGAUCAAUGGAGGCUUUGGGGUGGACUUCUCUCUGGCUACAGAUGACUUCAAAUCAGGUAUUGACCUGGUCAGUCAGAAAAUCCUCUCCCAUGGAGUGACCUCUUUCUGUCCCACCCUGGUGACCUCUCCUCCAUCUGUGUACCACCAGGUUCUCCCUCAGAUCAGUGUAAGAAAUGGUGGAGCCCAUGGAGCAGGAGUCCUGGGAGCCCACCUGGAAGGGCCGUUCAUCAGCAAGGAGAAGAAGGGUGCCCACCCGGAGCACUGCCUCCGCACCUUUGAGGCAGGCGCUUUCCAGGACCUGCUUGCCACCUACGGCUCCCUGGACUGUGUGCAGAUAGUGACCCUGGCCCCUGAAAUGAGGAGGAGCAGUGAGGUGAUCCGGGAGCUCACCAAGCGGGGCAUCUGCGUCUCCCUGGGUCACUCAGUGGCUAAUCUCUCCCAGGCUGAGGAGGCUGUGCAGCACGGAGCAACCUUCAUCACUCACCUCUUCAAUGCCAUGCUGCCGUUCCACCACCGUGACCCUGGCAUUGUGGGGCUGCUGACAAGUGACAAGAUUCCUGCUGGGCGGAGGGUCUUCUAUGGAAUGAUUUCUGAUGGCAUCCACACCAACCCCGCUGCCCUGCGCAUUGCCCACCGAGCCCACCCCAAAGGGCUGGUGCUGGUGACAGAUGCAAUCGCUGGCAUGGGGCUGGCACCGGGUCGGCACACGCUGGGUCAGCAGGUAGUGGAGAUCGACGGGCUGAACACAUACAUCGCAGGGACAAAGACCCUGAGUGGCAGCGUGGCGACCAUGGACACUUGUGUGCGACACUUCCAAGAAGCCACAGGGUGCUCGGUAGAGACCGCGUUGGAGGCGGCGUCUCUGCAUCCCGCUCAGCUCCUGGGGCUUGAACAUAAAAAGGGGACACUGGAUUAUGACUCUGAUGCAGAUUUCCUAAUGCUGAAUGACAGCCUGUAUGUGCAAGCCACGUACAUUGCCGGCGAGGAGGUCUGGCGACAGGAUGCGUCGGGCAUGUGACACUGGGCUGUCCCAGUGCCCUCCAAGGCUCACUGGCACUGUGGUUAGCAGCUCUGGCAACCACCCCACUUCUCUCUUUUGGUUUUUUUUUCCCAAUUCUUUCCUGCAACUCUCUCAAAGGAGCCUCAUACCAAAGAGCUGCAUUUUCCAGCUUCCAGUUACAGCCAUGCCUGCUACGAAUUUGUUGGUGCUCAGUUGGUGGUAUGGGGAAAGAAGGCAGCUCUGUGCUGGCAAGGAAUGCCAGUCCUGGAGUGACCUACAGGACUGCACAGCUGUCCUGCCCCACACAGGUGCUCCUCCACCAUCUGACAGCAGUGAGGAGUUGUCCCAGCCUUUGCACAGUUUAUACAGCACACACAAACCUGCUCUGCACCUGAGGCAGGCUCAAGCCAUUCCAAUUCUUCUGCCUGCUGUUUGCUUUGCUCCCAGGCAGCCAUGACUUGUUAGACAUCAGCUUCCACCAGCUCAGCUCGCAGCUCUUCCCAUGACAAGGUUUCUGUUGUGUAAGCAGAAGCUGAGGAUCAUGUUUGGAUCUCCUGACAGCCCUUCUGUCAUGUGUCCUCAGAGCAAGGCUGCCACAGCUCGCUCAGUCGGUGUCCUUGUGGGGCUGAAUCCUCAGGGCAGAGAUCAAACCCAGGAAUACCAAGGCAUUGCUGGUCCUUUGUGCCUUUACCCUGCAUGGGCAUUGAGUCUACAGAGCUGGAGAUAUGAACAGCGUCCUGCCACAUAAACAAUGCUCCUUUCGCUCCUUGCUCUGUCUGGAUGGGUUCUGCAGGCUCUGUGCCAGCCAUACCAAGAAGAGCCUUUGCAUUGCCUGAUGGGUUUGUUCAUUCCUCAGGCUAUGGAUGGGAAACUUUGCUUUAGGAGAUGCAGCCAGACUGGUGGUGACAGGAUCACAAGCCUUCAGUCCAGCUCAGGCACUGAGGGAGAGGAAAACUGCGGUGGGAUUCUGGCCUUUCAAGAUGGAUACAAUAACUCAUUAUUUUGUGCUCAUUAUCUUCUCCAAUACUUGACUGUCAGAUUUUUUCCUGAUGCUGGGACACUUGUAUAUGAAGGCUGAGGCUAAUUUCGACCCUACUCAAUCACUCAGAAUAAGCCUCGAGAUAAAGUCUUAAGACAACCUUG